UGCAGAAUUCAAGGAGAGUUCAUAUUCAAGAAAGAAGCAAAAACUAUAAUAGAAGCAGUAAAUUGCAGUAUGAGGUUUUUUCUGCUUCUUCUGAUCCUUGAAGCCAGCGUGGCACAAACUGAUCCACCGCCCGAAAAAUGCUUCAAUGAAGCUAUUCCAAAAUACGUAACAUGCAGACCAGUACAUGGAAGACCAGCAGCCUGUAACUGCAGAAACAUAGACCCAUGUUAUAUCAAGUUUAUCAUCACUCGAAAAAGAAAGAUUCAUCCCACUUCAACCAAUAACUACAACUAUUAUGUAAACGGUACGUUUCAAGGUCCAACGAUUAUCGCAGAAGAAAAAGGAAUUGUUGUCGUUGAUGUUUUUAAUGAAAUGGAUGAAGACACUUCUAUACACUUUCACGGGAUGCAUCAGCACAAUGUUCCCUGGAUCGAUGGUGUGGGAAAUAUUACCCAGUACCCAAUACCAGCCAAUGGAAAGUUCAGGUAUAUCUUCCGAGCAUUUCCUCAAGGCACACAUUGGUACCAUUCUCAUAUGAGAUAUCAAAGAGAUGCAGGAUUGUUUGGUGCUCUGGUAGUUCACGAAUCGCAAGGCGAUAUUCACGAAAGAUUGGGACCGUUCGUCGAUGAGCCUGAGAAGUAUCUGUUGACGUUGCUCGAGAGUUUGAAAAAUGUUCAGCCAAGUGGGAAACCUGACCCAUUUUGUUUACCUGAUGGAUCUAAACUACCCAUACAAUAUGACAGGGUGUCAUUCUUUUUAAAUGGUAAAGAAAUUGCAAAAGACAUCCUAGGACGUCGUGCUAAUGAAAGUCAUUCAGAAUAUUUCGUUGUUCCCGGAAUGAAGUAUCGCUUUCGUGUUCUCGGCGCAACUAAGUCGAACAUUUUGAUCAUUUCUAUCGAUUAUCACAAAUUGCACGUUAUUGCAACUGACGGUUACCUUGUGAACAAAUUUACAACCGAUUUUCUUAUAGUGCACGUUGGAGAAAGGUACGAUUUCAUUUUGGAGGCGAAAAAAGGGGUAAAACCUGGAACUAAAUAUCCGAUCAAUAUUCAGACACUCGCAGUGAAAUGUGACAAUAACAGUGAGGUAGCUGGAUUAAGUUUUGCGUUUGUUGUCUACACGGAUAAGAGUGAAAGCAAAAACGUACCCACAACCAUUGCACAGCAAAGUGAUCGUUGCAGCAAUGCUCUGUCUCCUUGCAAGAUAUUGAACUGUCCCUUUCUACUAAUGCCAACUGAUUUCAUUAACGAUGGCACUUACAUGAACUGCUAUAACGUUAGAGAGCUUCGAUUACUGUAUCCCACACCAGAGAGGGAUAUUCCUAGUUCUGGUAACAUCUCACAAUCGUCAUUCUUUAACUUUGAAGUCAUUUGGCCAAAAGCUUUGAUAAACGGCGUGCAGUUUUAUUUGCCUAAUAUCCCUCUUGUCGAAAACACAGGAACUAAACAAGAGUGCAUAUAUCCGGUGGAUUGUAAAGAACCUGGAUCGCAAUAUUGCACACAUACGGUCUAUUUGAAUCAUUCCACCACCACAAGAUUUGUUCUAUCUUCAAUAGUAACUCAGGGGAAACAAGAUCCUGUGGACAUUACACACCCAAUCCACAUGCAUGGGCACACAUAUUUCAUCGCAAAGAUUGCAUAUCCUGACUAUUACGACAACGGCACGAUCAAGGCUCCAAACCAGGAUCUUACCGUGCCGAAAUGUGGUCCAGCAAGUUGGAGAGGAAGCACACCUGGGGGAAUUACUGUCGACAGAACUACCGUCCGAAAAGAUGUGAUCAUUGUUCCCGCUGGGGGGUAUGUAGUUUUGGAGUUCCUCGCAGAUAAUCCAGGAUAUUGGUUCAUGCAUUGUCAUAUCGACGAACAUCUCAAUCGGGGAAUGGCAUUAGCCAUCGGUGAAGCUCCCUCAUGUGCCAGCAGCCCUCCCACACCACUUUUGAAUGAAACUGACGAGUUCUGUUUCAGCGUUGAUACGUUUAAAGCUAAAGAAGGAGAGGCAAAUGGAGAAUGUCGACGUGCUAUUGCAGCCCGUUCACCCGGCCAUAUUCUAACCAUCAACGCAGUAUCAUUCUUGUCACAGUUGUUCGGUUUUAUUACAGCUUUGUUAUUUCUUCGUUUGAUUUAAGGACAUAUGUCAACUUUAAUGUUACUUUUUGUGCACUGCACAUCAACAUUUUUUUUAUAUAAUGAGUAAGAUUCUAGAAUUAUACAAUAAUUUGGGGUGUUUAGUGAAGCUCCAAUAUUUUGAUGUUUUUUUAAGAAUAAUCUCCGGGGAAUCAAUAGGUAAGAAAGUAACUUGAAAUAUGUAGUUCUUUUUGUAUUUGUAAGAACCUUCCAGGACGG